AUGGCAGUGCCAAUAAUUCUUUGCAGAAUACAUUCACAAGGUGGAAAGACAAAUAUUAGAGAGUCUGAUCCUGAGGUAUCUCAAAGGUUUAAUAAUACAUAAGGCAAACCUUUUGACUUUAAUCAGACUUUACAAAGAACAGCCAACCACAUGCAAACAAUUUAGAAUCCUGAGGAGACCUUGUCAGCUGCUAGCAGUGCUUAUGUGGGAAGAAGUAAAGCAAAAUAGAUAAGGAACAACUCAGCAAACAGAAGUAAAAGAUCUCAGGUUAAAGGAGAACACGUGAGAGUUGUAGAUAACAUGCAUGUAUACCUUCCAGUUGGAUACUUUUAGUAUACUGGAUAUCUUCCUUCUGAGAACAAGAGACAAAGAUUCAAUGAGGAAAUUGAGCAAACCAGAAAGAACCAGGAUGACAACAGAUCACUUGCCUCGAAGAGAAGUUAAAGAGUCUCAAAGUCACUAAUGAACUCUGAUGGCUUCAAACAGAGAGUAAUUGAAAGAAUAGGCUAACUUAACGAUAAUGGAGACAAUAGAUUAGCAGCUCAAGUGGCUCAAAGUAUGACUGGAGGUGGCUUUGGCAGAGCCUCUACGAUCACUCAUGAUAACAUUAGACACUUCGAUGUAAACCCUCGCAAGUAUGAUAUAGAUGAUGAUGCUGUGGAAUUCGACGACCAAAACCAAGGUGAUGAGAAUCGAGAUGAGGUUAGAGAGAACGGAACUAUUAAUCAUCAUUAUAACAACCAGUCAGCUGAAAGAAAGCCUGCAACUUACAAGAAGAGAACUAUCAUUAGUGCAGAUGGCAGUGUCAGAUCAACAAAAACCUAUAUCUCUACUCUGGAGUAAUAGCUAACUAAGGAGAGAAGAGAAAGAGAGAGACUUGAGAGAGAGGUAGAGGAGCUCAGAAAGAUCAGCAGUGAGAUUAGUAGUAAAUUAGGUUUAUCUACUCAAUCGAAUCACAAAUGA